UAGAUGGACAUAUCUCUUCACAGUAGAACACAAACCAUUUGCAAAAAUAACAACCAUGAAAAUGCUCAUGAUGUUAAUGGUGGCUGCAAUUUUAUUUUGCAGCCACCAACAAGUGGUCGUGGCGAGAGAAGUGGCAGGUAAGGGAAACGAGUUACAAAUAAUACCCCCAUGGGAUAUCCCAUGUUAUUUGCCGUGGCCAUUCCCCUGGCCACGACCAUGGCCAUGCCCUCCUCCACGACCACGACCACAACCUCGACCACGCCCAUGCCCACCGCCACCUCCUCCACCGUGUCCCCCACCACCUCUACCUCCGCGCUCACCACCACCUCCACCUCCGCGCUCGCCACCGCCUCCACCACCAAGAUCACCCCCUCCUACACCGUUUUCGGGGUGCUCUAUUAGUGACCAAGAAAAGGUGAAGAAAUGCAUGUUCAACACAACUUCAAUUGAUGCAUGUUGUCCAACAUUCAAGAGCAUACUUGGCACUAGUUGCCCUUGCUAUAAGUAUGCUGAGGAUUUAGACAAUCAAGUCUUGAUCACUCUUGAAGCUUAUUGUGAUGUUGAUAGCCCUUGUAGUGGUAUGCUAAGUCCCCCUCCUCCAGUGACUCCCACCCCAUUUUCGGAUAGUUGCUCAGCUAGUGACAAAGAAAAGGUGAAGACAUGCAUGUUUAACACAACUUCAAUUGACGAAUGCUGCCCAACAUUCAAGAGCAUACUUGGCACUAGUUGUCCUUGCUAUAAAUAUGCUGAGGAAUUGGAUAAUCAAGUCUUGAUCACUCUUGAAUCUUAUUGUGAUGUCGAUAGUCCUUGUACUGAUUUACAGUACCAUAAUGGGGGAAAAUCAAUGAUGAAGCAGCAGGCAGAGUCGUUUGAUGACACGAGGUUCCUAUAUACCAUCAUCUCGAAUCCAAAGGCAUAACAAUAGGUAGGCAUCUUCUCGACGAUCUAUACGAAGAUCUAAAGGUGAACCAAUAGACAGAGAGAGAUGCUCUUCCUGCGGCCCAAGAACGUCUUCGUUCAAAGA